GGGUGGUUAGCAGAUGUCAGAGCACAUCGAUAAGUUCCCAGCGUGUUGUUGCAGCGUCAUUCUGUUUGAAUGAAGUUCAGACUGAGAACUAGCCAACUCUUCAUUCGCGCCCCGGUGGAUUGAAACAGGAAAAAAUAAAGAGUUGAGGAAGUGAAAGCUUGCCAAAUAUGCCGGUGUUUACAGUAAAUGUCAAAUGGGGCAAAGAGAAGUUUGAUGCAGUAGAGCUGAACACGGAGGAACCACCCAUGGUGUUCAAGGCUCAGCUCUUUGCACUGACAGGAGUUCAGCCAGACAGACAGAAGGUCAUGGUGAAGGGAGGCACUCUGAAGGAUGACGAGUGGGGAAACAUUAAACUGAAAAAUGGAAUGACUCUGCUGAUGAUGGGCUCAGCAGAUGCCCUGCCGGAGGAGCCUGCUGUCCGGCCUAUGUUUGUAGAGGACAUGACUGAGGAGCAGCUGGCCUCAGCGAUGGAGCUGCCCUGUGGGCUGACAAACCUGGGUAACACCUGUUACAUGAACGCCACAGUGCAGUGUUUGCGCUCUGUGCCAGAGCUCAAAACUGCCCUUAGAAGGUAUACAGGUGCUCUGCGAUCUUCAGGGGCAAACGCACCAUCGCAAUAUAUCACAGCAGCCCUUCGUGACUUAUAUGAGACCAUGGACAAGACCUCGUCCAGCCUCCCACCCAUUAUUUUGCUGCAGUUCCUUCACAUGGCCUUUCCACAGUUUGCUGAGAAGGGGGACCAGGGACAGUACCUGCAGCAGGAUGCGAACGAGUGCUGGCUGCAGAUGAUGAGAGUGCUUCAGCAGAAAUUGGAGCCACUAGAGCCAGAGACUCCCAUGGAGACUGAGUCUGAGAGCGGAGCUGCUUCUGCCUCUGCGAAGAAGAACUUCAUCGACCAGUAUUUUGGUGUAGAAUUUGAAACUUCCAUGAAAUGCACAGAGUCUGAGGAGGAGGAGCCAAUCAAGGGCAAGGAAAGCCAGCUCCAACUCAGCUGCUUCAUUAACCAAGAGGUGAAAUACCUUGCAACAGGACUAAGGCUGAGACUGCAGGAAGAGAUAACAAAAAUGUCUCCAUCCUUGGAAAGAAACGCCUUGUAUAUAAAAUCUUCAAAACUGAGCCGUCUCCCUGCCUACUUGACUGUUCAGAUGGUCCGAUUUUACUAUAAAGAGAAGGAGUCUGUCAAUGCAAAAGUCCUUAAGGACGUCAAGUUCCCACUCAUGCUGGAUGUCUAUGAGCUGUGCACCGCAGAGAUCCAGGAGAAAAUGCUGCCAAUCAGGUCAAAGUUUAAGGAGGUUGAGGACAAGAAGCUAGAGAAACAGCAGCAAAAGUUGUUGAAGAAGCCAGAUGCAGCGAAAGAGGUGAAAUAUGAGCCUUUCUCAUUCCCUGACGAUGUUGGUUCCAACAACAGCGGUUACUACGACCUGCAGGCUGUGUUGACACACCAAGGCCGCAGUAGCUCAUCGGGUCAUUAUGUGGGAUGGGUCAAAAGGAAAGAAGAUGAGUGGGUCAAGUUUGAUGAUGACAAGGUGAGUCUGGUGUCUCCAGAGGAUAUCCUGCGACUGUCUGGUGGCGGAGACUGGCAUAUAGCAUAUGUUCUACUGUACGGCCCUCGGCGGCUGGAAAUACUUGAAGAGGAACAGUAGCUAUGGAAGAUUUCCUAGAAGACAAAGACAACAUCCAACACACAUACAAAUUGCCAUUUCCAAGCACUGUCUGCAUAGAUGUGCAAUAAAACUGGUGUCUUUAAAGAUUUGAUGACCUUAAUUUUUUUUGUUUUGUUUUUUGUAACCAACACAGAUGCUUGUAAAACAAAUUCUGUCAAACGGUGUUAAAUAUUCAACCAUAGUGGGCUUUGAAAAUGGAGAUUGAUGAGAGGAGAUCUCUGGACUGGAUCCUUGAAAGAGGUUUUUAAGUCUAGCUCUGCAGUUUCAUUAAAUGUUUUAUACACAUUGUAUAUUUUUUAAAGCCUUUGAUAAGGUGCUCAUAUCAUAAAAGCAAAAUAUUCUCUUUAGUCAUUUAAUCAACUUGUACAAAAAUGCCUAGCCAAGCUGUUGUUCUUGACAUUCUGGCUUGUAUCUUCUCAGAUGUAUUAUGGAGAUUUUCACUCAACACUGUAAAGACUUGCCCUUGUUCACCUGUUGGCCCUCUGGGAAAUCUGGGUUCAAUCUAAGGUCUUUUCUUAAGUGCUUGGCUUGCAUCAUCUCCUGGAAUUGUUCUCGGAUGUAGUGACAGAUGAGCUUAAUUCUGCCAAAAUUUCACUAAUGCUCUUUUGGGGGGGAAGUGUGUUGGGAACCUGGUGCAGAACAGGUUGUCCUUGUGGUGAACUGUGCGCAGUUAAAUAAAGGCUUGAGAUUCAACCACGAUGGUUUACUCGACGAGCUUUGAACAUUCUUGCUGACACCGACAUCUACGAGUAUACCCUUAAAAUGCUAUGCUUGACUUUUGUUUUUCUGUGCAGGUCUCCUGCUCACCCUGCCACAAUGUGUAAGACCUAACCAUCAACACUCUGUAAUAAGUUAUUGACUGAUUGCUUUUCAUAGGUGGUGAAAAUAAACUGUUAUACCAAAA